CUCAUGGUCUGUGUCUGUCAAAAAUAUCAGGUGCUCUAUGAGUUUUAUUAAUAUUAACCUUCAAUAAUUGAUUAUUAAUUUUUUCACUUUAUAAGAUGGGAAAUUUAAAAAAAGAUUUAGAACAAUUGCGGCAAUGGAGAGAAAACAACGAUCGGAAAAGCAGAGAAGUCUUAAGUAUAUGGUUAGACCGAUUAUGGCUCAAUGUAGAUAGUUUGGGAAAAGAAAAAUAUUUGAUAUUAGAACAGGUAUGCCUUGCUGCGUUAGAUUGUCACUUUCUGGAUAUAGCUAAAACAUGUAUUGCAAGCCUCAAUGCUGAAUUUAGUAACAGCUUAAGGGUCAAGCGUCUUGAGGCAAUGUACUUUGAAGCUACUGAAGAUUAUGAUUUAGCGCUGGGAAUGUUAAAUAGUAUAAUAAAGGCAAAUGAAACCAAUAGUGCGGCAAGGAAACGCAAGGUUGCAAUACUAAAAGCUCAAGGAAAAACUGUUGAAGCGGUCAAAGAACUUGUUGAUUAUUUAAAAGUGUUUAUGGCUGACAUGGAAGCUUGGCAGGAAUUAGGUGAUUUAUAUAUUGGCGAACAAGAUUUUAACAAAGCUGCCUUUUGUAUUGAGGAGUUAAUCUUGCACAACCCUCAUAACCAUUUACUACACCAGAGAUAUGCUGAUGUAAAAUAUACUCAGGGUGGUGCAGAAAACUUAGAGCUGGCGAGGGCUUACUAUUCACAGGCUCUCAAAAUAAACCCAAAAAAUAUGAGGGCACUGUAUGGUCUAUAUUUGACAGCCACUGCGCAAACAGCUUCUCAAAAAAACUCGUCCCAGAAACGCAAAGACGUUACAAAAAUAGCCGAGUGGAGCCUCAAGGAGAUUAAAAAUCGGUACAAUGAAGAAAAUGUUUUGGUAACUGCAUUGGCAGCUUUGGAAAUAUAAGUAAAGUGUUAUGGUUUUAUCACUGUUAGGGUGCAAUUGUAAUUGAAAUAAGUUAUUCUUGUUGUAUACACUAGUAACAAUAUAUGUAUGUCACUGUG